UCAUAGCAGAUUUGUUGGGUGUGAAUUUUGGUGCUGUGGUAUUUGAGUGGGGAGAAAAUCUGUUUUAUUUUUUUUGUUUGUUUUUUUACAAUGGUGAUCAUUGAACAUUGGUGUUGUAGCCGACAGUAGCUCUUUGUUCAGGGUAGCUCAUGUCUUCUCGUCGUUUGGGCGUGACUGGUGCAGAGAAACGGGAUUGUCAAGGUCAGGUCUAAACUUGAUGCUUGUGAUUUUAUACCCAGACUCAGCGUUGCCCUCCCACAAAGUCAGCUGAUUGUUGUUUUUACCCUAAAGUGGCCAACUCUCUGUUAUUAGAUUUGAUACAGUAGGGGCUUCCGCACUUACCAUGUCUGUGCUUUCUGUCACUUUUUUCAGUUGUUAGAACUGUUUAAUCCGUUGUUAACACGUCGUAACCUGCUUUUCCGAGCCGCCUUUAAACGCAACAUACACCUAUGCAGCAGCGAUGGAGACCUGCUGCUGUGCAGAGCUACUCAGGUGUGUUAGAAUCGUGGCAGCAAAACAGCAAAACGCAAAGAACUUUGCACAUUUUCCCCCCCAAACCAACCGACUGAGUUGAGUAAAGUUGUUGUAUGCAGGUAAUGUUUGCUAAAUGAUGACGAGGUAAUAGCACCUUAAGCCUGUAGGCUACUGAUGCUGUUUAUGUUCAAAAGUGGGUCAACACAGUAAUUAUCCACAUUAUCUCGAUACUUUAAUUAUCAACACAGUCACAACACAACAUGUUACAGUCAUCUGAGUACCUUUUUUGGAAAAAAUGUACUUAUAAUAGUAGUUUUACUGCACUGUACCUUUUUCUUUUACUUGAGUAACAUUAUUCUUGCUACGUAGAUUAAUUUUUGCUCUCCCAAAAAUAAGCCGAUGUCCCCCCCUGUUAAACUCGUCUGGACACGGGGCUGCCCAGACUUAUAAACUGCUGAAUCGAGCGCUGUAAAGGAGGUUCAUGGUAGCUACCAUAUAUGUCACAAACGCGGAUUAAAAAAAAAAAAAAAGUGUAAACCUUAAUUUGAAAAAUAAAUAAUUCUAUGCUACAACAAAUGGCCGUCACAAAUGCCAAUACAUGUAAAUGUUUAAGCUGCUAUUUCUGUGGAAACGAGAGUGUUGUGUAGUGCAUGCUACAGUGUUGUUCAAUUUGAAAGUACAGCUUUUAGUCAUACCGAGCCCACGUACCGCCUUCCUGGUGCAAAUGUCCUGGUGCCUUUACCUUCGCUCCAUUGAUCAUAGUUGCCUACUGGUUUUUGCCAGCAUCAAUGUGUCUGGCAAUCCGUCUUGAACUAAUUUAUUUUGGGAAGUGUAAGAUCAUGUUUGACCUACUAUGACAUGUACUUUGUGUUUAAUGAUACUUGUGGCUCUGAUCCUUGUAGGGGUCAGAUGACAGAAAAAUCAGAAAUUAUUAUUAAAACUUGAGGUGGAAUAUUUCUUUAUCGCUGGUCGCCAAAGUACGAAACUCGCUGUGAGGGCCUGAACUGGCCAGUAAGAAGCGUCCACUGGUCAUUUUUGUCCGCCGACUCUUAAAGUGACCAACAUGGCAAAGGUUAGAAACGGUGGAGAGUCGCAGUGACCUGGACCCCUUGAUUAUUGCGCUGCAUUCUGGCUCCAAAGAAAUGUAAUAAAUUUAAUGAACUGGACAUUUACUAAAGCGAGUUUCUUUUAUUUAUUUUUAUUUAUUUAAUCAGGUAAAAACCCCAUUGACAUCCAAAUCUCAUUUGCAAGAGGGACCAGGGCAGAAAUCUGCGAUUUAUUUGUUGCAUUACCUUUAUGUGCAUAUAACCAAUGUACGCAACAAACUUGUACACGCAUGCAAAGCGUUUUUUUCCUUAAUGGAAGUUUGGUAGAGAAUAUAAUUAUCUUAAUUCUGGAAGAUAAGAUUAUGUAUUUUUUAGGCUGUGAUUAUCAACACAGCUACGUAAGUGGCCGCCAUUUACUGGUGAGCUAUUUUUAAUCUAUAAAGCGUCAUGUGCAGAUUGUGACCAGCUAACAGACUCAUAUAAAGUCUAAAUCGAAAUGCAUAACGUGAUUCGAUAUUAAAUGUUGCGCUAAAACAUAUUUAUAUAUUAAACUUUUAAAAAGUUUGAGGUCAACCGCUCUGCAGGAGCGGCUUCCCGUCUGAUAAUGUAAAAACAUUUUUACAAACUAAUCUCCGUAGUGCUGGUCUGUUAAAAGCAAACAGUGCACGACGUCGCAAUGCAGGGAAUAAAGAUAAUAAACCGUUAUGUCAGAUCUAGAUCUAAAUGUCAUUCCCAUUAAUCUGUCCUAUUUUCCCCAGGGAUCAAUAAGCAACAAAAAAGCAAAACAUUCUUCUUUGUUCAUGAUAUGAAUGACGUAUGUUUCCCAUGUAUUUCUCACUGCAUUACAGUAUAGUUUCUAAACGUUUGUUUUAUAAUCUAAUUCAGAUUUUAUUCUCUCUUUCCCUCUAUUACAGACUUAAGAAAAUGUCAGUGAAGAUGAGAACGUGGAGUUUGUUGUCAGAAACAUUCUGACAUUUACACAUGGAUUAAAAUAUAUAACUGUAAAUGUGUGUUUUACAAAUUAAAGCAAGAGGUUCAUUUUUUUUUACAUCUUUGAAAGUUUAAAACAAAUCCUGCUGUGGAUUUGUAGACUCAUGACUAUAAUGAGUCUGCACAUUAUAGUCAUAAUGACUAUAUAUAGUCAUUAUGUCACUCAUUAUGACAUUAUAGCCAUAAUAAGCUCUACAGACUCAUUAUGACUAUAUCUUCUCGGACAACCUCUGAACGUUUUCAUUUGCUCUGGGACCAGUAAGGCGAAGCAGAAGACUGGAAGUGAACCAGUGAAACCUCAUUCUACACUCAAGACCGUGUGACAAAUAUUCUGUUGUCUCCACAGAUUGAAACUUUCACUAUGCGUCUGUUGCUAUUGCAACAAUGCCGUAAACAAAUGAGAAAAGAAUCAUCAUCAGCUUGCUUACAUGUAAGAAGUUUCUAAAGUUUCUGAACAAGAGGAAGACAUGUGCUGCGAUUCAAACCUCAUUUCAGGAUGGCGUGCCGAUCAGACCUGCUCUGCAAUGCCUCAGCGUGUGGGAAGCUGGAAGAGGUGUUGGAUUUAUUGAAAGCUGGAGCUGAUGUUAAUGGACUGAAUGAGUUUAGGAGGACUCCUCUGCAGGUGGCGAUGCUCGGAAACACCGAGCUCGUCCGGGCUCUACUCGCGGCGGGAGCUGAUCCCAACGCGCGAGACCACAUCCUAAACCUCACCGUGACUCACGACGCCGCACGCGAAGGUUUUGCGGAGACCGUGCGUGAGCUGGUAAAUCACGGAGCGGAUGUGAAUCUCGCGGACGAAAUCGGCAACCUGCCUCUGCAUCUGGCCGCAAGGGAGGGGCACCUGGAGGUGGUGAGGAUUCUCCUGGACCUCACCGAGGACCCCCGGAGGACCAACCAGCAGGGACACACCGCGCUGUGGCUGGCACGAGACUUCAAUCGCGCAGAGACGGCUGAUUUCAUUGAGCAAUAUCUGGACCCUGAGUGACGUGAGGGAAGGUCUUAUUGCUAAUUUGUGUUUAUUAUAAUGGGCCCUCAGAGGAAGAGCUGCUCUUGUAGAGGUAUAACAGUCUAAUUGUCAUAAGGCAAAUGAAAAUGUUAUUUUAACAGAGUCAGAGUCACCUUUGGUGACCAGACUCUGCUCAUUAGAGGUGACUAACUGAAAUAAGUCUUCAGUGUCACACCAUAUUCCUGCGUUAAUGUUUAAUAAAAGGGCUUUUGCGACGACUUGUCCCAACAAGACGUCACUUCCUUGCGCAGGUGAAGAUUCCAGCGGAGGCGCGGCAUUGUUUUUGGUUGUUCAAAUAAAAAAAGUUUGUUUGUAGCUACUGUUGCGUCUACAGCACCCUUCUUCUUUGUGCCGAAGUGCUUUGUAAAUAUCAUGUGACAUCAAAUACUGAUUGUAAAAACAAGAAAUAAACUUAAACAGACACGCCUGUGUCAUUUUUGUGCUCAGUUUUCUCAAAUACAG